UAAUACUGCUCUGCCUCCCCCUACACCCACCACUUCUUCUUGUCGGUUUGGCAAGGCAACAUUUAUUAUAUAUGUACAUACAUAGUCAUAGCUAGAGUUGUAUUUAGCUUUGAAGGUGUGUAACUAGUUAUUUUACCAUAUCAGUGUAUCAAUCAUCUAAGAGAAUCUGAGAUGGAGAACAAUCAACAAUCUUUUUGGCAAUUCAGUGAUCAGCUCCGUGUGCAGACAUCUAAUCUGGCGAACCUUUCUAUGAAUGAUUCGAUUUGGAGCAAUAGUUACAUGCCCAAGAGGCCUGAUGAAAGGAGGAAUUUUGAUAUCAAAGUGGGUGGUGAAAUCAACUCUCUAGGUGGAAAUCUCAAGUCAAAAGCACCUGCUUCUGAUUACAAUGAUGGGUGGAAACAGAUGAACAAUACAAAUGGAUCUCUUUUCGCCAUGCCUCACAACUUUCUUGAUGGUGGAGGAGCAGGUCUCAAUGGAGGCUUCAACAAGGGAAUUUAUUCCAACCCUUCUUUUGCAAAUCUUAACAACACUAACAUGAAUAUCAAUCUCAAGGGAAACAAGUUCGGUGCCAAGGGUGCAGAUGAACUUCUUCAGUACUUACCCAACAAAACUUCUAAGAAGAACACCAACCCAAACAAGAAGCAUGGGGACAACAACAACAACGAUAACAACAAGGAUGGUAAGGCGGCUGCCGACAAGAGAUUUAAAACGCUGCCACCAUCGGAGUCUCUACCAAGGAAUGAAACAAUUGGGGGCUAUAUCUUCGUUUGUAACAAUGAUACCAUGGCAGAGAAUCUCAAAAGACAGCUCUUUGGUCUGCCUCCACGAUACAGAGAUUCUGUUCGGGCCAUAACUCCGGGGUUGCCCCUUUUCCUUUACAAUUACUCCACUCACCAACUCCAUGGGAUCUUUGAGGCUGCAAGUUUUGGAGGAACAAAUAUUGAUCCAACGGCUUGGGAGGACAAGAAGUGCCCUGGUGAAUCUCGUUUCCCUGCUCAGGUACAAGUGAUUACUAGGAAAACUUGUGAACCACUGGAGGAAGAUUCCUUUAGGCCAAUCCUUCAUCACUAUGAUGGUCCCAAGUUCCGUCUUGAGCUGAACGUGCCAGAGGCACUGUCUCUUCUGGAUAUUUUUGCUGAACAAGAUACUUUCAACGACACUUUCAAGGCUAUACCGGCAUAAAAGGAUAGAAAUAACAGAGAAUACAAGAACAGCAUUUUACAAAGACAAUAGAUAAUUAGUGAUAUGGGUUGGUUUUAAAGUUAUGGACUAACAAAAAGUCCGAAGAUAUAAAACAAAAAUGAAUAUAGUGGUGGACGCUUGGAUAUUCAGCCUGUAAUAUGUGUUCUAGUGCUUUUGUAUAGAGGCUGCUAUGCAUGGUUGUCCAUUUUUCUUGUUUCUGUGAUAUACUAUCAUCAAAUUAAGAGAAUACAAUAAGAACGAACUGUUUUUGCCUAUGGAUUCUUGUGAAAAAACUACAAAUUGAGGACGAAUGUAAGGCCGGAAUGCUGCAGCUUCGUAUAGCUAGUGUUGUGUUGGGAAGGGACUAACUAGUGGAAGAGUGUGAAGCCAUGAUUUAGAUGUUCUCCUUUCAAAGAGGAAAUUCGGUUUUGAUGCUUCAUUACAGGGUUAUUAAUAUAUCUGUGCUACCCUAGUAUGCUUUCAACAUUUGGAGAUCUCAACUCAAAAUAUUAAUAAUUCGUGUAUGGCUCAAUAGUUGGCUGCUAGCUAGUGGAGGAGUUACUAAGCCCUGUUUGGUAUUUUCAUUCGAUGUGUUUUCGUAAACUUAAAAUCAACAAUUGCACAAACUAGGAGUGAUGCUCGAGCUCCAA